UUUAAAUUAAAACACAUUUUUCAUCAUAAUGUGGGAAAUAGCAAUUUUGUCCACAAAAGAUUGGAUAUAACGGAUGAUUUCAUUGAAAAGAAUAAAUUAAACGACGUGCACACUUUCAACCAUCUAAUCCACCAACGAUCCAAGAAUAUUGAUUUAAACAAUAAAAAGUUUUUUCACAGCGAUAACAACGAUUGGCCAGAGUUGUAUAAAAAGUUUUCGCCAUGGACAAUUCAACUACCCAUCAGUUCCAUCGACAACUACAAGACCAAAAAAUUUGGCAGAAACGAUAACGAUGUGAUGGAUUAUCUAAAUGCAAUUCAUAAUAAUAAUAAUAACAAUAACUACAAUAACAUUUUUGACAACGAGGACAUGUUCAUUCAAGAUAAACUAAAACUAAACUGGGACAAUAUCAAUAUGAAGGUUCCCAACGUCAGUGAUACGUUGACUAUCCUAACUUUGGCGUUAAUGUCUGGAAAUGCGUAUGUUGAGACUCCCCAUAAAAGCGCAGAUUGGUACAACAUCUCUGAUCCCAGAUGGGACGAUCGAAACACCUCAAGACACAAUCACCAGGGGUUUGGGUGGAUGACUGAGGGUGUCAGAGGACAUGUUUUUGUUGAUAAUAAAAACGAGACUGUGGUGAUAGCCAUCAAGGGAACAAGCUUUGCAGUGCUAGCCAGAAGAGACAAAGCGAUGAAGAACGACGCAAAGGACACUGUGGGAAUGGACAAGAUCAACGAUAACCUCCUCUUCAGCUGCUGCUGCGCCAGGGUCAGCUACAUGUGGUCGACAGUGUGCAAUUGCUACAAGAGCUCGUACAACUGCGACCAGAAAUGCCUUGAGAAAGAGCUCUAUCGCGAAGACCGGUACUACAGAGCUGCGUUGGACAUAUAUUCGGAGGCGUCGAAGCUUUAUCCCAACGCAAAGACGAUCUGGGCGACUGGACACUCGCUCGGCGGGUCGUUAGCGGCGUUAAUCGGACGGACGUUUGGGUUGCCGGUGGUGGCGUUCGAGGCGCCGGGCGAGUUGCUUGCCACACGGAGAUUGCACCUUCCAAUGCCGCCCGGCUUGCCGUUCGAGUACGAGCACGUCUGGCACGUGGGUCACACGGCGGAUCCGAUCUACAUGGGCACGUGCAACGGGGCCAGCAGCAGCUGCUCGGUGGCGGGCUACGCGAUGGAGACGCAGUGCCACACGGGCAAGCAGUGCGUGUACGACGUGGUGACGGACAAAAACUGGAACGUGAACAUCAUGAACCACCGGAUCCGAGUGGUGAUCGAAGAGGUGCUCAGCGUGUAUAACGCGGUGCCGGAGUGCGCACCUGCACCGCCCUGCCGUGACUGCUUCAACUGGCGCUUC